AUGCCGCCGCGGUGUUUUCAGUCUGAUGUAAACUCGACGCGCACCGCUACAUCUCCGUACAUCGGCCAUUUUUCGGGCGCGCGCCACCGAAGCGCCAUCUCGCGGCCGGUCCGAGAAGCCGGCAGGGGCUCCGCUCUAUGGCGAAGGAUUCUGUCAAUCGCGUGACAUUUCACUCCCCGUGUUGUGCGCGGUGUCUGUCCUCCCUUGUCGUCCGGGUGCCGUGUCCUCACGCUCGUCCUCGUCGCCGGGGAACGAGACGCGUUUGUAUAUAUAUGUAUUAAACGUGCGGUGAACGCGAACGUCACAAGGGGUCCCCGGGUCCACGCGGCCCCCUUCUCGACGACGAGGUUGUCGUUCGCGCUGCGAAAAUCUCGACGACCGAGUCGAGCGAACGACGGCGACGCUCUACGCCGCCGUGCGCAACUCGGCGCGCGGUACAGUCCCGCACAAAAGUACAGCGCGCGCCGGCGCGGUACAGUCCGCGCGAAAAGUUUUCCCGAGAGCUGUCAAAUUUCCCGCGCUGUCAAAAUUCCCGCGGAACGUCUCGUCGCGGCUCUUCUCAUCUCCUGCAACGAAAAGGAAAACAAAUAAGUUACAACAGAACAACAAAACCCGCGAGGAUAUCGACAUGGGCAACUCCGGCUUGAAGCAACAUUACGAGACGGCGAAAAAGACUGGCGCCUUGAAGCUGUCUCAGCAUAAGCUAGACGAAUUCCCACAGAACCUCUGUGCCUUGGCGCCAUUGCUUCGCACCCUGGACCUGUCCGAGAAUAAAUUCACCGCGCUGCCAAACGAGAUCGGCGGCUUCACACUGCUGAAACAGCUGACCAUUAGUCAAAACCGGCUAACCGGUUUGCCAGAUGUGCUGGGUGCUCUCGUGAAACUGGAGAGUUUAAAUUGCGCCGUGAAUCAUAUCAAGACGAUGCCGUCAUCGCUGGCGAAGCUGCAGCAUCUGAAGCAGGUGAAUCUAUCCGACAAUCAGAUCUCCGAUUUUCCGCUGGUCUUCUGCGGCCUGAAGCACCUGGACGUCCUCGAUCUGUCCAGGAAUCGACUUACGAAUGUGCCGGACGCCGCCUCCAGCCUUCACGUGACCGAGCUCAACCUCAAUCAGAAUCAGAUCGCCACCAUAUCUGAGAAACUGGCGGAUUGUCCGCGACUGAAGACGCUACGGUUGGAAGAGAACUGUCUGCAGCUGAGUUCGGUGCCCCUCAAGAUCCUCAAGGACUCGAAAAUCUCGAUACUGGCGCUCGAGGGAAACCUUUUCGAAAUGAAGCAGUUCGCGAACUUGGAUGGUUACGACACUUACAUGGAACGCUACACGGCUGUAAAAAAGAAGAUGUAUUAAAAAUAAUUUCUUGCUUCAAAAAAGUAUAAAAGUUAUUGUAUAUUAUAUAUUUAAAAUCGUGAGAAAUUAAUAUAUUGUCUAUAAUGCAUUAGAAUUCGAUCAACAAGUUGGAUUGUCGUGAAGAAACAAAUAUUUAUAUAUUCCA